AUGAGCGCUGCACAGGAAGCUCUGAAAGCUGCCAAGGAGGGAGCAAAUCUGUCCGCUGAGGAUGUUGCGGCUAAGAUGAGCCCCGAAGAGGCGAAGCGAUUGUCGCGAGUACGGAACAUUGGUAUUGCUGCACACAUCGACAGCGGCAAAACCACCGUCACCGAGCGCGUUCUUUUCUACACGGGUCGAAUCGGGGCAAUCCACGAAGUUCGCGGCCGAGACGCCGUCGGCGCCAAGAUGGACUCCAUGGAGCUGGAGCGUGAGCGUGGUAUUACCAUUCAGUCAGCUGCGACAUUCUGCGACUGGAAGAAGUCGGAGAAUGGACAGCUCGAGACCUACCACAUCAACCUGAUCGACACACCAGGACAUAUCGACUUCACGAUCGAGGUAGAGCGUGCUCUGCGUGUGCUGGAUGGUGCGGUCAUGAUUCUGUGCGCCGUCAGCGGUGUCCAGAGUCAGACGAUCACGGUCGACAGGCAAAUGAAGCGUUACAACGUCCCCAGAAUCAGCUUCGUAAACAAGAUGGAUCGUAUGGGCGCAAACCCGUGGAAGGCUGUCGAACAGAUCAACUCUAAGCUCAAGAUCCCCGCCGCGGCACUACAAAUCCCAAUUGGCUCGGAGAAGGAGUUUGAGGGUGUUGUCGACUUGAUCAACAUGAGGUCCAUUCGCAAUGAUGGCGCCAGAGGCACCAUCGUCAAAGUUUCCAACGAGAUCCCGGAGGAUUUGAAGGAGCUAGCGCAGCAGAAGAGACAGGAACUCAUUGAGAAGCUGGCUGAUGUUGAUGACGAGAUGGCUGAGCUGUUCCUCGACGAACAAGUGCCCACUCCUGAACAGAUCAUGGCCGCGAUUCGUCGAUCCACCAUCGCUCUGAAGUUCUCGCCAGUUCUUAUGGGUACUGCUUUGGCCGAUAAGUGCAUUCAGCCUAUGCUCGAUGCUGUGUGUGACUUCCUGCCGAACCCUUCAGAGACUCCUAACAUGGCACUUGACCGCUCACAAGGCGAGAGGCCCGUUCAGCUGAUUCCCUACAACUCUCUGCCCUAUGUUGGUCUCGCUUUCAAGCUUGAGGAGAACCCCUAUGGCCAGCUCACCUACAUGCGUGUGUACCAGGGUGCCCUGAAGAAGGGUAGCUAUCUCUUCAACUCUCGCACUGGCAAGAAGGUCCGCAUUCCCCGUAUUGUGCGCAUGCACUCCAACGAGAUGGAGGAUGUCGCCGAGGUCGGUGCUGGAGAAAUCUGCGCCGUCUUCGGUGUUGAAUGCGCAUCUGGAGAUACUUUCACCGACGGAAACCUGCCCUACGCCAUGUCGUCUAUGUACGUCCCCGAUGCGGUCAUGUCCCUUUCCAUCAAGCCCAAGCGCAGCAGCGAUGCGGACUCUUUCUCGAAGGCGAUGAACCGCUUCCAGCGUGAGGAUCCCACUUUCCGUCUGCACGUCGACGAGGAGAGUGAAGAAACCAUUAUCUCGGGCAUGGGCGAAUUGCAUCUCGAAAUCUACAUCGAGCGUCUGCGUCGCGAAUACAAGUGCGACUGCGAAACAGGCCAGCCUAGAGUCGCGUACCGUGAGACCAUCACUCGCCGCGCUGACUUCGACUUCUUGCUCAAGCGACAGAGCGGCGGUCCCGGUGAUUUCGCUCGUGUGGCUGGAUGGAUCGAGCCGAACCCGGAGCACGCGGAGAACAACCACUUCGAGACCCAGGUUGUCGGUGGAAAUAUCCCCGAUAAGUACCUUUCCGCCUGUGGCAAAGGUUUCCAGGAAGCUUGCGAGAAGGGCCCUCUUCUGGGCCACAAGGUUAUCGGUGCCUCCAUGGUUGUCAAUGAUGGUGCCACUCACGUUACUGAUUCGUCUGAUUAUGCUUUCAACCUGGCUACCCAGAUGGCUUUCCGCAAGGCAUUCAACGAUGCUGGCGGACAAGUGUUGGAGCCCCUGAUGAAGACGACUAUUACUGCACCCAACGAGUUCCAAGGCAACAUCCUUAUGUUGAUGAAUAAGCGAGGUACCAUUGUUGACACGGAGAUUGGCGUUGACGACUUCACCCUCAUUGCGGACUGCUCGCUGAAUGCUAUGUUCGGCUUCAGCUCCCACUUGCGUGCGGCCACCCAGGGCAAGGGCGAGUUCGGUAUGGAAUUUAGCCACUAUGCGCCCGCCCCUAUGCAAUUACAGAAGGAGCUCGUUGCCAAGUAUGAGAAGGAGUUGGAAGCCAAGCGUACAAAGUAA